AUGACUCUAACUAACAUUGAUCAUGAGAAGCAAAUAUACUGCUUCAAAGUCUUCCGUUCUUUUCUUGUGGUGCUUUUACUACGCAUGAACAAUCCUUGCAUUGGAUGCAGUGAGAGGGAAAUGCAAGCCCUCCUUACACUCAAACAAGGCCUUGUGGGUGACGACAGCGAUCGCCUCCUUUCAUGGGGAAGAGAAGCCCAAAACAGAAAUUGUUGCCAAUGGGAAGGAGUCUACUGUAGCAGCAACCAAACUGGCCAUGUUGUUGAGCUUGAUCUUGAAGACCAAUCUUUGCAAGGUAAGAUUAGUCCUGAACUCGUGAAGUUGCAACAUUUGGAAUAUUUGAACCUUCGUUUCAAUAAUUUGAGUCGGAGCCAAAUUCCAGAUUUCAUUGGAUCUCUGAGCAAUUUAAGACACCUCGACCUCUCUUCUGCUAAUUUUGGAGGUGAAAUUCCAAACCAACUUGGAAACCUUACACACUUGCAAUAUCUCGAUCUCAGCUCUCCUGGCCUCCCUGAGAACUCUAUUCAUGCAAAAAACCUCAACUGGCUUCCUAGUCUUUCAGGUCUUAAACACUUGGACCUAAGUUCCACUAAUCUCAGUGAUGUUGUUGGUUGGCUGGAAGCAGUUAAUAUGCUUCCUAAACUAACAAACUUGAUAUUAGAUGGGUGUAAUCUUCCUCCAAUUAUAUUCUCUGUUGCUAUCAUAAAUUCUUCUAACUCUCUUGUUCAUGUUGAUCUCUCCCGCAACAAUCUCAACUCUUCAAUCUUCCAAUGGUUGUCCGGUACUCAUACCAACCUUGUUUAUCUUGAUCUCUCUAUGAACUAUUUCAGAGGUUCCUCAAUUCCUGCAGCUUUUGGAAACAUGAGCUCUCUUGAAUAUCUUAUUAUAUAUGGUAGCGAACUUGAAGGAGGGUUCCCAAAUUCCUUUGCCAAGCUAUGUAGGCUGCGAUACUUGGAGCUUUUUAGAAAUAGUCUUAGUGGACAACUUACAAAAUUUGUUGAAAUAUUGUCAGAAUGCGAUCAAAACACAUUAGAAUAUUUGGAUAUCUCUUACAAUAAGGACAUUGUAGGUUCAUUGCCUGAUCUUACGAACUUCUUAUCAUUGAAACACUUGUUUCUAGGGGGCAAUAACUUAAGUGGAAGAAUACCUGAAAGUAUUGGACGGAUGUCCGAGCUGGAGACUAUUCAUUUUGCUUGGAAUUCUUUAGAGGGAGUGAUUUCAGAAACUCAUUUUUCAAAACUCUCCAAAUUAAGUUAUUUGGAUUUAUCAUCUAACUCACUACUUUUAAACUUCAGUUUUGAUUGGAUUCCUCCCUUCCAAUUGCAAGGCAUUAAGUUGAAGUCUUGUAAGAUGUGGCCGUCGUCUUUCCCAAAAUGGCUUCAAACUCAAAAAAAUUAUACAUCGCUUGACAUUUCUGAUGCUGGAAUUUCUGAUACCAUUCCAAGUUGGUUUUGGGAUUUGUCACAAAAAUUAGAGGAUAUGGAUAUCUCUCACAAUCAAAUGAGAGGGACAGUUGGAAAUACUAGAUUGGAGUAUGCACAGUACCUAAAUUUGAGUUGGAACCAAUUGAAGGGUCCACUCCCUUCAGUUCUAUCUAAAGUUGCAGCUCUAGAUCUCUCCCAUAAUAACUUUUCAGGGGCAGCUUCUUUUUUGUGUGCAUCCAAGGAUAGUAAUUUAACCUUUCUUGAUCUCUCAAGCAAUCAGUUGGGUGAAGGAUUAUCUUCUUGGCUUUAUGAUGAUGAAGCAUCUUUAACAUGGAAAGGGGUAAGGUCUAAAUACCAAAGUACUCUGGGACUUGUAAAGAGUAUUGAUCUCUCAAGCAAUAAGUUGACUGGGGAGAUUCCUAGUGAAAUCACUGAUCUUGUUGGUUUGGUCUCUUUAAACCUGUCGAGAAACCAAUUAACAGGUCAAAUACCUUCAAGGAUUGGAAUGUUGCAGGAGUUAGAUUCCCUUGAUUUAUCAAGAAACCAUAUUAACGGCAGAAUUCCCAACAGUCUAUCUCGAAUAGAUCGUAUUGGUUACUUGGACUUGUUAGAAAACGAAUUGUCUGGAAAAAUUCCAAUAGGCACCCAGCUCCAAAGCUUUGGUCCAUCUUCUUAUGGUGGAAAUCCUCUACUUUGUGGAUUGCCACUCCUAAGGACAUGCAAUGAGGAGGAAAAAGGUCCAGGACAAACUGUGUUGGUGAAUCAAGAAGAUAAAGAUGGGCUCAUAACGCAAGGAUUUUACAUCAGCUUGGGGCUUGGGUUUGCUGUUGGAUUUUGGGGAGUUUUUGGCACUCUUCUAUUCAACAGGUCAUGCAGAUAUACAUACUUCAAUUUCUGGACUUGUUUCACAAAUUGGCUGUACGUGAAGGUAGAAAUCAUCAGGCAAAGGAUGCCUAAUACUAGAUAA